AUGAGUAAACAUGCUUUGUUUAUCAAGCUCGGCCUCGACACUUGUCCUGUUUACGCUACUAAUCUCAUUGCUGACUAUGUUUCCUCCAACUCCCUUACCAUUGCCCACAAGGUGUUCGACCAAGUGCCUCUUAAAGACAUGCCCUUAUGGACUGCUCUCAUCUCAGCCUAUGCUCGCUCCAAUCAACCCCACAAUGCCCUUCACCUCUUCUCCACCAUGCUUCAACAAUCUGAAUCUCACCCUCCUAAUCACUUUGUCUUCACAGCUGUUGCUCGCGCCAUUGCUUCUUCCGCUCCACAACACCUCAAUUUGGGACAAAACUUGCAUGCCCACGUCAUAAAAUCUGGAUUUCUGUCCAGAAAUAUCAUUGUUCAGACUUCCUUUUUGGAUUUGUAUUCGAAAUGUGGGGUCAUGGAGUGUGCCCGGAUGUUGUUUGAUGAAAUGCCUAUUAGAAAUUUGGUGACCUGGAAUGCUGUUAUUUCUGGGUAUGUUCAGAAUGGACAGGAAUGUCAAGGGUUAGAGUUGUUUUAUCGAAUGAAAUGCAGAGAAUUUUACGUGCCUGAUGAGUACACCAUUGCCACCGUUUUAUCUGCCUGUGGCUAUGUGCAAGAUUUACUUUUGGGCAUGCAGGUUCAUGGUUAUGCAUUUGUUAGUGGGUUAGACUCAAGUUGUAGAAAUUCACUUGCCAACAUGUAUUUCUAUAGCAGUAGCGUUGCAUCAGCAGAGAAAGUUUUUGUUGAGAGUGACCUUGUUUCCAAGCUUGUAAUGAUACGGGGUUAUGUAUUUAAUCAUCUGUAUGCUGAUGCUUUGAAGUACAUUUUGUCUACGGAGAAUGCUGUUGAAAUUUUAGUUAUGGAUCAAACUAUUUUCGUGCCUUUGCUAUCUACUUGUGCCAAGUUGCAGUUGCUUAAUGCUGGGAAGCAACUCCAUGGUCUCUUUAUCACUUUGGUGGAUUCAUAUAACACUGCUCGUUUAUUAAAAGAGAGCAGAACGAUUAUUGGAAGUACACUCAUAGACAUGUACAGCAAGUGUAGUGAUAUUGGCAAAGCGCGAAAAGUUUUUGAAAGUUGGCAAAUACCUGAACGACAUGUUCCAGUGUGGAAUUCUUUGUUGUCUGGUUAUAUUUAUAAUGGACUCAUUGAAGAUGCGAAGGCACUUUUUGAGGAUAUGCCCGAGAAAACUAUUGUUUCUUGGACUAGCAUGAUGACUGGGUAUCUGCAAAAGGACUUACCCGAAGAAGGCUUAAAUUUAUUGGCUACGAUGUAUUCGGGAGAAGAAGGAUCCAGGAUAGAAGGAAACUGCUUGACUUUUGUGGUGGCACUUGAAGCAUGUUCCCGUCUAACAGUUUUGGACAAAGGAAAGCAAAUACAUGCGAAAAUUAUUAGAGCAUUACCAGAUGCAGAUGGCAAUGUGGCUGUUGGUACAGCUUUAGUUGACAUGUAUUCAAAAUCAGGUUACUUGUGUUACACGCUCCGACUUUUUGAUGCAAUGAAAGCGAAAAAUGUUGUUUCGUGGACUUCUGCAAUCAUGGGAUUUGCUGUUCAUGGAUUUGCCUUGCAAGCCCUUGAACUUUUUCAGCGUAUGGUAAACAUGGGAAUUAAUCCCAAUGAAGUGACAUUUACCGCAGUAUUAACUGCUUGCAAUCAUUGUGGUUUAGUAGACGAGGGUAUGCAAUAUUUUUCGCAAAUGAGGAAGCGGUAUGGUUUGACCCCCAAAGAAGAACAUUAUACAUGUGUAAUUGAUUUAUUGGGGCGUAAUGGAAGGCUUGAUGAAGCAUGGCAUUUGGUGGAGGGAAUGGAAGAGAACCAUCUAAGUGAUGGGUGCUCUACUGGUGCCAUUUGGGCUGCACUUUUAGGGGCCUGCCAGUUGCAUGAAAACGUAGAAAUUGGAAAGAAGGUAGCUGAAAAGAUGAUGGAAAAGGAGAAACAGAUUUCUACUGCUUCUGUUGCGCUAUCUAAUGUUUUUGCAGCAGCUGGGAUGUGGAAUGAAGUGUACGGAGUAAGAGAGAGUUGGAGAAGAAAAGGUCAGGCUGAUCGAGAGCCUCCUGGUCUUAGCCGCGUUUUCUCACAAUCUCGUUAA